AUGCCCAAGGUGAAGACAAACCGGGUCCAAUACCCUGAAGGUUGGGAGCUGAUUGAGCCUACUCUCCGUGAACUACAAGCAAAGAUGAGAGAAGCCGAAAACGAUCCACAUGAUGGCAAAAGAAAAUGCGAGACGUUGUGGCCUAUUUUCAAAAUAGCUCAUCAGAAGAGCCGCUACGUCUUUGAACUUUACCACCGGAGGAAGGAAAUAUCCAAGGAAUUGUAUGAGUUCUGCUUGGACCAAGGCUAUGCUGAUCCUAAUCUAAUUGCUAAGUGGAAAAAGCCUGGUUAUGAACGACUUUGCUGUUUAACAUGCAUGCAACCACGCGAUCACAACUUUCAAACCACAUGCGUCUGCCGAGUUCCAAAGCACUUGAGGGAGGAGAAAGUAAUAGAAUGUGUACAUUGCGGUUGUAGAGGCGGUGCGAGUGGAGAUUGA